UGUUUUCAUGAUGCUAUAGGUUUAUUCUAACAAAUCUGAGAAGAGUUGACAAAAAUAAACAACAUUUUUGUAAUGGCGUCUAGGGUUUCACUAAAGAGCAAAGGCAAAGCAGGGAAGGGAUCGAAAGGCUCGGAGGAGAAAUCGAUUGCACAAUGCUUGAAGGAGUGGAGCACAUGGACCAUGAAGAAGGCCAAAGUGGUAACACAUUAUGGCUUCAUUCCUUUGGUGAUCAUCAUCGGCAUGAACUCUGAGCCCAAGCCCCAAAUUUAUCAACUCCUGAGCCCUGUUUGAUUCGGUUGCCUUUUUUCUAACACCCAGAUCUUGGUCUUGCACUUUGUGUAAUGGAUUGGAGCCUAUUUGUCGAAACUACAGUGUUAUGUUUAGAGGUAUGAUGUUGGGUUUAUUUAUAUAAGCCUAUGAAUGAAUAAUUAUAAAUAGUACGUUUUAUGAAAAUUUGGAUCCUACUUUUUCCCCA